AGAGAGAGGGGGGGAGGGGGAGAGAGGGCCUACUGGAAGGACCUAAAAGAAAGGAGGUAGACAGGAAACAAAGACCCGGUUCUUUUUUUUUGUGGGAUGGAGGAGGAGGAUGAGGAGGGGCUGGCUGGAAAUGAGGGUGGGCAAUUAAAGGUGGAUGGUGGUGAAAGUAAAGAAUUAGUAGUUGGGGAGCAAGCAGAAAAGCAGGAGUUCUUGGGCAUAAAGUUGAGGAAAGGGAUCUUGUUAGGCAGGAGAGGAGGAGCCUUGACCCCGGUGCCCACAUGGAAAAUGGAGUUGAGUGAUGAUGAAAAGGGUGGCAGCAAAAUUUAUUGCGGAGAUAACGGGAAGGGUCUAACAGUGUCUGCUCGGAAGCUUGGCGCUAAUCUCUGGGAGCUUCAGAAGAUUAUGCCACCACCACCUUCAGAUUCCGGUAGGAAAAUGAAGAAAGUUGUCAGGAAGGUAGGGAGGAGUAAAGAGAAAGGCCUUGAUUUUCCUUCUCAUUUGGAUGAUGCUUCUCGCAGCCCAACUCACGAUCAGCGACCAAGUAAUGGUAGUCUGACGAGGCAAGUUGCUGCAUCAUUGAUUGAACAUCAGAAGUUAAUUAAUGGAAAUGACCGGGCCCUGCAGCCUGUAUCUCCUGUCAGUUAUGUUAGUUCAAUGGAGGGUGGAGCAUAUAAUCAGGCUACUACACCAAGUAGUUCAUUGGACAUCAAGAGCAGGCCUGGGGAACUCGGCUGUAAUCUUAAAACAUCAACAGAAUUGUUGAAAGUAUUAAACCGAAUUUGGAUCCUGGAAGAACAGCAGACAUCUAAUGCAUCAAUCAUUAAGACACUGAAACUAGAAAGAGAUCAUGCACGUGCUCAGGUUCACGAAUUGAUUCAAGUGCAGCAAGAAGAUCGUCAAGAAAUAGAUGAAUUGAUGAAACAGUAUGCAGAGGACAAGCUGAUGAGGAAGAGCAGAGAGCAUGAGAGGAUUAAAGCAGCGGUUCAGUCCAUAAGGGAAGAGCUUGACAACGAGAGGAGACUGAGGAGAAGGUCAGAGAGCCUACACAGGAAGCUAGCGAGAGAGGUAGCUGAUAUGAAGUUGGCACUUUCGAAGGCUGUAAAAGAGUUGGACAAAGAGAGGAAAGCUAGACUGGUGUUGGAAGAUCUCUGUGAUGAAUUUGCAAAGGGGAUAGGAGAUUAUGAACAAGAAGUUCGCAACCUGAAAGAAAAGCAUGAGAAAGAACCAGCUGAACGAGAUGACAGAUUUAUACUGCAUAUAGCCGAAGCUUGGCUAGAUGAGAGGGUACAGAUGAAAUUGGCAGAUGCAAAUCAUGACUCCGAUGAGAAGAGCAUGAUGGUGGAUAGACUAAACUUUGAAAUUGAAACAUUUCUCAGAAAUAAACAAUCCCAAGACUCAAAGGUUAUCAAUUAUCUUCAUACGGCUCUGAAGGAUGAUUGGCUCCGUCGGCGCUCACUUGAAUCUGUUCCCUUAAACGAGGCCACCAGUGCACCUCAGUAUGCUGGGGAUGAAGAUUCGAUUGCUAGUGACUUGCAUUGUUUUAACAAGAACGGUGAAGAUGCUGCAAAUGAUGAUAAGAAAAAUUCUCGUGGAAGCAAUGCUGCUGAUGAUCUUGAAGUGGCUAACAAACCUAACUAUGUUAAGCCAAAUGUAGUUUCUCGACAUAGUAUCAGCCAUCGAAAUUCUUCCAGUUUUCAACUACAAUUCAAAGAGAAGAUAAAUGGUUGCAGAACAGGAAGCAGGGCGCCUCUCGCAGACAGGACAAGUGCUGCUCAUACUAGCAAUCUUGAUGAAGAUGAAGCUGACAAAUCCGAUCAGAUUGAAAUUUCCGUGUGUCAAAAUCCUGAAAACUUUGACGUGCAAGAUGGCUGCCAAGACAGGAAAUCAAUUCGACACAUUAUUCAUAGCACGAACCAUCUAACAGAUAAGCCAGUCAGGGGCCAGUCACUGCAUUCCAAUGGCGGUAGGGUCUGGUCUGAAAUUGAUCACAACGAAGAAUCUUAUUCAUGGAAUGUACAUUCUAUUGUGGGUUCUAAGGAUAAAGGCGUAAGUGGUGUGCAUGAGAUAGCAAGCCCUGUACAGAAAUGGGGUUACCAUCAAAGAUCUCCAGAGCUGGAUUUCUCUGAAAGAUCAGUGAAGUUGCCAUCUGGAGUGAAGGAGAAUACGCUCAAAGCCAAAUUGCUUGAAGCAAGGUUAGAAGGGCAGCAGGCUCGGCUAAGAACAUCAAGGGGCUCAUGAGUUUUAGGAUGAUAUUCUCCUACCACUGUUAAGUGGCAAUUUUUGAGCCUAUGCAGUUCUGGCUGUCUAUGUUCAGUCUGUGCAUGAAUGCAAUUCUGUUUUGGAAUAACCUGCUUGUAGAUAUAACCUUCUGUGAUUGUGCAGCCUUUGUUUUUAGCUUUGCUUUUCAAUACAAGGAGAAAAUGAUUAGAGCAUCGCACCGCAA